CCGUCUCAUUCUCCCGCAAUUUUCCGAACAAGGAAGCUCUGCUGCUCGUGCGGACAUUUCUCUCUGAAAUACCAAGCAUCCAUCGCAACAUGAGAAUCGGUACACGUCGGGUGUUUGGAGACAUCUCUAGUCCCAACCUCAGCUCUCUCAACGACUAUUCUCUUCUUCCAAUCCACCAUCCAAAGAAUCAGAGCUUCAUUUCAGUUUUACCAACACAAGGCUCCAGAUCUCGACCGUCCAUUCGAUGUGCCGUCCGUUUUCGACCGUGCAUUGACAUACACAAGGGGAAAGUGAAGCAAAUUGUGGGAUCCACCCUCCGGGAUUCAACUGAGGGCACAUCGACUCUCAUAACCAAUUUUGAAUCAGACAAGUCACCAGCAGAGUUUGCAAAUUUGUACAGACAGGAUGGACUUACAGGUGGUCAUGUUAUAAUGCUUGGUGCAGAUGCCUCAAGCAAAUCUGCGGCUGUUGAAGCCUUACAUGCAUAUCCUGGCGGUUUGCAAGUCGGGGGCGGAAUUAAUUCAAACAAUUCUUCAAGUUAUCUAGAGGAGGGGGCUAGCCAUGUGAUCGUAACAUCGUAUGUAUUCAGAGAUGGACAAAUGGAUCUUGAAAGGCUCAAACAUCUCGUCCAUAUGAUUGGGAAACAUAGGCUUGUAUUGGAUCUCAGUUGUAGAAAGAAGGAUGGGAAGUAUGUGAUUGUCACGGAUAGAUGGCAGAAGUUCAGCGAUGUAUUUCUUGAUGAGGGAACAUUGGAUUUUCUUGCCUCCUAUGCUGACGAAUUUUUGGUUCAUGGAGUUGAUGUUGAGGGGAAAAGGUUAGGAAUUGACGAAGACCUCGUUGCAUUGCUCGGCCGGUGCUCACCUAUCCCGGUGACUUAUGCUGGUGGGGUGACUACAAUGAUGGACUUAGAGAGGAUAAAGGUGGCAGGCAUGGGUCGCGUAGAUGUCACGGUCGGGAGUGCACUAGACAUUUUUGGAGGGGAUAUAGCAUACAAAGACGUUGUAACUUGGCACGAAGAGCAGCAGGCCUUGGCAGUUUAGUAGGUAUUGGAGCUGGUAAUGCACUGGGCUGGACCCUUGGUUUUUCGGGCGCUGGCUAUGGGCCAUUGAUUUCUUGGGCAUGAAUUACCACUGGCCAGGUGGGUCUGGGGCUAUGUUUGUCUUCCUUUUAUAUUAAGUUCUGGCCUAAACUUUUAUAGAUGUAAUGGCAGGCCUGAGCAUGAAAUUCAGGCCUGAGCAAUUAAUUGGCUGGGCUCCUGAAAUCCAUGACAUAUAUAUUGAGUUUGGGUUGACUUUCACCUGGCCCAUCACUACCCAUAUCAAGCGCUACAUGAGUACGGCUUUGAUGGUGUGGAUAUAUUACCCAUUUUGAAAUUGAAAUACCAUAGU